UCACCGGCGCCACUGGUAGUCUUGGAUCGCACAUGGUCGCCCAUUAUGCCAACCUUCCAACCGUAUCCUCGGUUAUAGCUUUCAAUCGGCGCAACCGAUCUUCGGACUUGGAUCCUCUCGGACGCCAGCUCGCUGCUCUCAAAUCACGGGACCUUACUCUUUCUCCUUCAGCAUCGGCAAAGAUUUCCGUGUUCGAGGUAGAUAUGA